AUAAGAGAAAGUUCACCAUCAUACAUGUUCAUAUCCUUAAACCGGUCAUUAAAUUCCCAUUGCAUUCCAACUAAUUUCCCCGCAACCGCACGCUAGAUGAUUAGCACCACUAGUGACCAAGUCCCAAGACUAGGUCCUUAGUCCUUGUGCCAACCAAGCAAUGACAGGUGUGUGUGCAAACAUUCCAUGAAAAAGCAACGAAAAAUAAAAGUUUCAACCAUGAUAACAUUCCUCAAAACAAAAUAUUGCCACGGCUCGGGUCAAACAAAUCACCAAUUGCUGCUGGAAUUGAGCCACAAGCAGCCAGCACGCGGGUUGACCCUCCAACCUCCGACGCAGUCUGGCCACCAUCGAUCGAAUCAUUGCUCCAUAACAUCCGAUAUCAUCCAUCAAUCCCGUCUCAUCCCCAUGUGACGAUCCAUGAAACACCAUCACCAUCAGCAGUAAGAAGCAGAUCAUCAAGGUCUCCGCCAUGGAGUCGUCUGCGGCGAGGAGGCAGCCCAGCACGAGCAGCAGCAGCAUGAGCAGCCAGCAGGUCUCGGGCUUCAGCAAUUACAGCAGGGCGGCCUCCGACGGGUAUCCAUACCCUUCUGGCUCCCCGGACACAUACCGGCACCGGCGGCAGGCGUCGUCGUACAGCGCCCCGUUUUCUUCCCAGCUGAGCCGGAGCUCAACCCGCAGCAGCAGCAGCUCGUUCAAGGCGGCGGCGCGGGGCGUCGCCGGCGUGUUCGGCACCUGCUUCGUGCCCCGGGUCAGGAAGGCCCAGUCAGAGCAAGAACCGGAGGUCUCUCAGGUCUCUCGUGGGAGCAGGAGUGGAGGGUACUCUCAGGGGAGCAGGAGUGCGGGCUUCCAUGUCUCCACGGAUUCAGCAGGGACAGGCAAAGGCAAGGAGGGUGCAGGGCUCACCGUUGCAGACAUAUUCAGGGCGACAUCGAACUUCAGCAAGAAGAACAUGGUCAGGGAGGGAGCUUCUUGCAGCGUCUUUAAAGGGAAGCUCAGGGACGGCUCCCAGGUUGCCGUCAAACGUGCCAGAAAGGUCUGGGGAAACAACAUCAUACUAAUAUUUGGCAACUGUCAGGAGCAACUAAUAUGUCUGAAUAUUUUGUUGCUGCAGUUAAACUGUCAGUAUCUAUCUGCUGAACUUAGCAGGGAGCUCGAGACGCUUCAGAAGAUCGAGCACCAGAAUUUGGUGAGGUUCCUCGGGUUCUUCGAGCAGAGAGAUGAAACUCUGGUCGUCGUCGAGUAUGUCGACAAUGGCUCCCUAAGGGAACACUUGGAUGAGUCGCGCGGAACCGGGCUAGAACUUGCGCAGCGGCUCAACAUCGCGAUCGACGUUGCUCACGCCGUCACCUACCUGCACGAAUACGCAGAACGGGCGGUGAUCCACCGGGACAUCCGGUCGUCGAACGUGCUGCUGACGGGCGCGCUGGCGGCGAAGGUGGCCGGGUUCGGGCUGGCUCGGGUGGCGGGCGACGGCGAGGCGACGCACGUGACGACGCAGGUGGUGGGCACGGCCGGGUACGUGGACCCGGAGUACCUGGGCACGCUCCAGCUCACGGACAAGAGCGACGUCUACUCCUUCGGCGUGCUCCUCGUGGAGCUCGUCACCGGCCGCCCGCCCAUCGAGCGCCGCCGCGGCCUCGAGCCCCGCGCCACCACCAAGUGGGCGCUGCAGAAGUUCCGGGGAGGCGACGCGGUGGUGGCCAUGGACCCGAGGGUGCGGCGGAGCCCGGCCUCGGUGGCCGCGGUGGAGGGGAUGCUCCGGCUGGCCGAGCAGUGCGUCAUGCCGGCGAGGCAGGACCGGCCGUCCAUGCGCCGGUGCAACGAGGCGCUGUGGACCGUUCGAAGGGACUUCCACCGGAGGCAGGAGCCGCGGCAGGACGGGACUGCCGGCGCCGCCGCCGCCGCCGCCGCCGGGGACAGGGGCUCCGAGUGGGUUAGCCGAUGAUGUCCACUCCACACGUGUAUAGCCAAAGUUGCCGUGCUUUGGAAAAUUCCGGCCACGACCAAUGUUUGUACUACGAAGAUUUUCAGUUCUUUUUAGUAGGAAAAAAAAAGGUUACUACACUUGUAAAGCGAAACAAGUUUAUGAACUCGUGUUUUGCAAAUACUUUUAAAUUUUGAACAAAUAAAGCAAAAGGAUCCGGAGAAA